GCAGAAAAGCAUAAAGCAGAAAGCUGAAAGCAGAAUGUAAUGGAAAAAAAGGGUGCUUUAGGAGACACACAUGAAACGUGAGAGACUCCAUUCCAACACACAUGACAUGAGAUGAAAAAUGGGCUCUUCUGUGUGUUUUUUUUUUUUUUUCCUUCUCUGAUUAAAUCAGUAAUCCACAUUAUCACUGCUGCCACUGCUGCUUGAGAUUUAUAGACGGAGAGAGAGAGAGAGACAGAGACAGAGACAGAAGCUGAGUUCAAGGAAGCAACUUCGGAUCCAAAACCCACGCACUCGCGACUCUCUUUCAUUUUCAGGCAAAUGAGCACCGCCUAAUCCUUCUUUGACACGCCCUUUCUUAUUUGAUUUGCUCUCGACCGCUCCGAUCUCUCCUCUGUCCAAUGGGAGCCCGUUGCUCCAAGUUCUCUCUCUGCUGGUUCCACUCCCACCUUAAACCCUCCGUCCUCGAAUCCUCUGAUCUCGAUAAUGGGGGCAAAAGUGAAAAAAACUCGUGGCCGAGUUUCAUCGAGUUCAGCUACGAGCAACUCAAGGCCGCAACGUCCGGGUUCUCCUCCGACAAUAUUGUCUCGGAGCAUGGUCUCAAAGCUCCCAACGUUGUUUACAAAGGAAAGCUCGAUAAUGGCCGUUGGGUCGCCGUUAAGCGCUUCAACAAGUUGGCAUGGCCCGAUUCUCGCCAGUUCCUUGAGGAAGCAAGAUCGGUGGGGAAUCUUAGGAGUGAGCGAUUGGCGAAUCUGAUCGGAUGUUGCUGUGAAGGGGAGGAGAGGUUGCUUAUAGCGGAGUUCAUGCCCAAUGAAACGCUGGCGAAGCAUCUCUUUCACUGGGAGGCCCAGCCCAUGAGAUGGGCAAUGAGGUUGAGGGUGGCGCUUUAUCUGGCACAAGCGCUGGAAUAUUGCAGCAGCAAAGGACGGGCAUUGUACCAUGAUCUCAAUGCGUACAGGGUCUUGUUUGAUCAGGAUGGCAAUCCGAGGUUGUCUUGCUUUGGCCUUAUGAAGAAUAGCAGAGAUGGCAAGAGUUACAGCACGAACUUGGCUUUCACCCCACCGGAGUACUUGAGGACUGGUAGGGUGACUGCAGAAAGUGUGGUUUACAGCUUUGGGACCAUGCUGUUAGAUCUUCUGAGUGGGAAACAUAUCCCGCCAAGUCAUGCACUUGACCUGAUUCGUGGCAAGAAUUUUCUAAUGCUGAUGGAUUCUGCUUUGGAGGGUCAUUUCUCUAAUGAUGAUGGAACUGAGCUGGUGCGUUUAGCUUCCCGUUGUUUGCAGUACGAAGCUCGUGAGAGGCCAAAUGCUAAGUCCCUUGUCAUUGCUCUCAUGUCCCUUCAGAAAGAAACAGAGGUUCCAUCAUAUGUUUUGAUGGGUAUCCCGCAAGAAACUGCAUCCUCCAUACAGCAACUGACAUUAACACCUUUCGGUGAUGCUUGCUUGAGAAUGGAUCGUACUGCCAUACAUGAAAUAUUGGAGAAGCUGGGAUACAAGGAUGAUGAGGGGAUUGCCAAUGAGUUGCAGCUUUCUUUUCAAAUGUGGACGAGUCAAAUGCAGGAGACCUUGAAUUGUAAGAAGCAUGGAGAUACAGCCUUUCGAGCUAAGGACUUUGAGACUGCCAUUGAUCGAUAUACAAAAUUCAUAGAUGGCGGGACCAUGGUAUCACCCACUGUGUAUGCUAGGCGCUGUUUAUCUUACUUGAUGUGCGAGAUGCCGCAGGAAGCUCUUGGGGAUGCUAUGCAAGCUCAGGUGGUGUCUCCUGAGUGGCCUACUGCUUUAUAUCUUCAAGCAGCUUGUCUCUUCAAGCUUGGGAUGGAUAAUGAUGCACAAGAGACACUCAAAGAUGGCACAAACUUGGAAUCCAAAAGAAACAAAACUUAAUAGUGUAUAGAUUUUCUUUUCAGUUUUCAUUUUAGUUGCUUUUUUUUUUUCUCACUUUUUUAAUUUUCUAAAUAGUUAUGCUUAGUCUUCUGUAUCUAUCCUUCUGCUGUCUUUUGCCAUUUUGAGCUUAUUGCUGCAUCAAAAGACUCUCGGAAAAAUCACUGUUGAUUAAUUAUUAUGUUUUGGAUGUUUAUUGUAAUCAGGCAAGAGCCCACUGGUCCCUGUCAAUGAUCAUAAUGGGAAGAUCUCCGUCUUAUAGUUCUGCAAA